UACACAUCACAUAUCCCAGCAGCUAACUUAGCUAAAGCUAGGCUAACUAGCUGCUACAGAGUGACAUGUAGUCAACUUUACAACCAGUCUCAAUGAAGGAGCUUCCACAGUGAUUUGGACAUGGAGAUAAGAAAUAUCAAAGACCAGUCUCCAUUGGUCCAGGCUAUUUUUAGCCGAAACACAGAAGAAGUGACAUUUUUAUUGGACCAUAAUGAAGAUGUCAAUUAUUUGGACCAAGAACAAAGCUCACCCCUUCAUGCUGCCGCCUAUUCGGGGGAUGUCCAAACUAUGGACCUACUUAUUACUUCUGGUGCAAAAGUCAACGCUAAGGACCGGGGUUUGCUGACUCCCUUACAUCGAGCAGCAGCCUCUAGAAAUGAAAAAGCUGUUGAACUGUUACUGAAGCACGGAGCAAAGGUCAACCCUCAGGACAAGUACUGGCAUACACCUUUACACAUGGCAGCUGCAAAGUGGGCCACAGGCUGUGCCGAAGCUCUGAUACCACACAUGUGCAGCAUGGAUGUUGCUGACAGGUCAGGGAGGACGCCACUGCAUCACGCAGCGCACAGCGGCCAUGAAGAGAUGGUGAACUUGCUCCUUAAAAAAGGUGCCACUGUGAGUGCCAAAGAUAAGAAGGAAAGGCAGGCAAUUCACUGGGCUGCAUACCUCGGACAUGUGGAUGUUGUGAAGCUUCUUGUGUCAAACGGUGCGGAUGUGACGUGCAAGGACAAACGCGGUUACACUCCGCUCCAUGCUGCAGCUGCCAGUGGACAGUUAGACAUGGUCAAAUACCUGUUGAGACUGGUGGUGGAGACUGAUGAACCUAACACCUUUGGGAGCACAGCGCUGCACAUGGCCUGUCACACGGGGCAGGACGCUGUGGCCUCUGAGCUGGUCAACUGUGGUGCCAACAUCAAUCUGCCCAACCACCAUGGCAGCACGCCACUACACCUGUCUGCUGCCUCUUCCAGCGGGGUGCUGUGUCUCGAGCUGCUAAUUAACAAUGGUGCUGAUGUCAACGUGCAGAAUAAAGAAGGGAAAAGCCCUCUGCAUAUGGCCGCAAUGCACGGGCGCUUCACAGGCUCUCAGAUUCUGAUCCAAAAUGGUGGGGAGAUCGACUGCGCUGAUAUGUUUGGAAACACCCCUCUUCAUGUUGCUGCCAGAUAUGGUCAGGAGCUGCUGAUCAGCACUCUGCUGACCAACGGUGCUGAUAAGACCAAACAGGGUAUUCAUGGGAUGCUUCCACUGCAUUUGGCAGCGCUCUACGGAUAUCCGGACUGCUGUCGAAAAUUAUUGUCCAAUGGCCAGUUUUACAUCAUGCCGUCUCAAGUGCCGUCAGCAGGGGAUGAUAUUAACGUCUUAGACGACCAUGGAAGGACCUGCCUGCAUGCAGCUGCCUCUGGAGGAAAUGUAGACUGUCUGAACUUGCUGUUGAAUAGUGCCAAUGCCGAUCUGGAUGUAAAGGAUCAUUUGGGGCGAUCUCCUCUGCACUACACUGCAGCUAACGGGAACAGCCAGUGCACCAUCUCCAUGGUGAGAGCCGGCGCUGCCGUCAAUGAGCUGGACCUGACGGGCUGCAGCCCCCUGCACUACGCCGCCGCUUCACACACCUUUUGUGGGGGGGAGACGAGCUCUGAGUCUGAACACAGUGAGGGAAAGGAACACGAAGCCUCUCUGUGUUUAGAUUUCUUGCUUGACAGCGGGGCAAACCCAACUCUGAAGAACAGUAAGGGUUACAGCGCCGUCCACUAUGCAGCAGCUUAUGGGAACAAACAGCACCUGGAACUGCUCCUGGAGAUUUCAUUCAACUGUCUAGAAGAGGUUGAGAGUAAUAUCCCAGUCAGUCCUCUGCACUUAGCUGCGUAUUAUGGCCACUGUGAUGCACUGCGUUUGCUUUGUGAGACCCUUGUGAGUCUGGAUGUGCGGGACAUUGAAGGCAGGACGGCCCUCCACCUGGCCGCUCAGAGAGGCUUUGCCCCGUGUGUGGAGGUGCUGCUGAAGCACCAAGCCUCUUUCUCCCUGAAGGAGCAGAAACGCAAGUGGACGGCUCUCCAUGCUGCAGCUGCUGAAGGCCACAUGGACUGUUUGCUGUUAUUGGUCAAUGAAGAACAUAGUGCUGAAGUCAUCGACAGUCCUGAUACACAGGGAAAGACGGCUCUCAUGCUUGCAGCUCUGGGAUGUCACACCGACUGUGUCCACAUCCUGUUGGAGAAAGGAGCAAAGGCUGACUCUGCGGACAAGAAGGGCUUCACUGCAUUACACAGAGCUGCGAUGUUGGGCAGUGAGGACUGUGUCUCUGCUCUGUUGGAGCACGGGGCCUCUGCGCUGUGUAGAGACUCUCAGGGAAGGACCCCGCUGCACCUCGUAGCGUCCCGCGGCCACACAGAGCUGCUCCGGACUCUGCUGAAGGCUGCUGUGAAAGCUGACCCUCUGGACUCCAUACUGGACUUCAGAGGCUACACGCCCACACACUGGGCUGCUCACUACGGGCAUGAAGGAUGUUUACAGAUUUUACUUGAAAACAAGCUUUUUAGCAACCAGGAGGGACAUUUCUUCACUGCAUUGCACUGUGCUCUAGUAAAUGGACAUGACGUUGCUGCUGGACUGAUAGUGAAGACUGUUGGCCCUCAAUUAGUUAAAGUUAGCGAUGCCAAAGGAAGGACCCCAUUGCAUGCGGCUGCUCAUUCAGGAAACGUUGCCGGGCUCCAGCUGGUCCUGGAUCAGGGAGCGGACAUCAACGCUGUGGAUCUCUGUGGAUGCUCUGCAGUGAUGGUUGCUGCUGACUGUGGACAGACUCAGGCUGUUGAGUUCUUGCUGCACAAAGCGAAGCCAGACCUGACGCUGGUGGAUGUCAAUAAUAACACUGCCCUUCACUUAGCCUGCAGCAAGGGUCAUGAGAUGUGUGCCCUGUUGAUCCUCGGAGAGAUCAACGACUCUUCCCUCAUAAAUGCAGCAAACAACACUCUCCAAAUGCCUCUUCACAUAGCAGCAAGGAAAGGCCUGGCCACUGUAGUGCAGGUGUUAUUGAGCAGAGGAGCAGCGGUGAUGGCUGUCGAUCAGGAAGGCCACACACCGGCUCUUGCUUGCGCCCCAAACAAGAACGUGGCGGACUGUCUCGCCCUGAUCCUCUCCACCAUGAAGCCUUUCCCCCCCAGAGAGGCCGGCGCCGGUACAGCCUCUCAUUUCAGCCCCAUCCUGAAGAACUGCGGCAUCGCUGCCAGCUGUGGGUCCAGCGGUAACCUCUGUCACGCCUAACACAGCAGCCGCAUGUCCUGUAGGCAUGUCACCAUAAUUACUGCUGCUUUACAAGAUAUCGCUGAUAUAAUUGUCAUUUUAAGACCAUUUUAUACCACUUAUACAAUGACGAUAUAAAAGCAUAAUAAUGCAAGUAUCCCAUUUUAAAGAGCAAUGGAGUAAAUUGAGAAUUAAGAAUUCAAACAUAAACUAAUUAAAACCACACAACCCAAAAAAAAAAUGAAAUUGACUCUCGGGCUCAGCAUACAAAAUUGCACUUAAAUUAAUAUAGAACAUUUGGCACGGGGGUAUAGAGAAUAAUUCAUUCCUUAGCUUAAACCCAAAAUGUUCCCACACCAGAGCUUUAUAGUGCAACUUUGAAACCAAGUCUAUUUGGAUCUUUCGGCUUAUUCUUUCAAACCUUUUUGUCUGGUCAGUAGACGUCAGGAAAAACACCAACAAGCCUCGAAAUGUACCCACCCUUGUGUGUGUAUGUGUGUGUGUGUGUCGCUGUGUGUGUGUGUCGCUGUGUGUGUGUGUGUGUGUGUCGCUGUGUGUGUGUAAGGGACGGAAACAACAGAAACAACCGCAACCAACAUUUUUCUGUUCACAGAAUUGGGGCUGUGAACUCUAAUAAGGGUUGGAAAAAGCCUGUUAUUUUGGCAUCAUGUUAGCUAAAAUAUUAAUGUCCAUCUUAUGUUAACAAAUAUGCAUGUUAACACAAGCGGCAAAAUCAAAGUCGGCAAGAAUGAUCAAAGACAUGUCUAUAUAUCAUACGAUAAGCUUCUAAUGUAAUUACGCAAGAGGCCUUAGUGGGCUGUGGGCUGGGACAGGUGUACAACGGAGUGAAAUUUCACUCUGGUGUAACACAAAGUCUAUACACACACACACACACACACGUGUCCAGGAUCAUGCCUCGCUUCUUCUCUAGCACGUGAUGACAGCUGCCUGCACAUUAUGUGCUUAUGCACUAGCAGCAUCGAUUGCUUCUCUAAAAUCUAGUCUUACACAUUACUAAUAUUAGCAGACCUCUUAGAUUAUAUAUCUGCCACGUGAGUUGAGUUUAGCCCACGCGCAUGUUAUUUUAAUGAAGUACUAACCAUUUGAAUGAGAGGGAGUUUUCACAUGAGCACACGACACAUCCUCUCCACUUGAACCCCGUCCGCUGUCAGUAUUGGGACAAAGUCUCGUUAACCAGCAAAGCCUGAAAUCUACAUGUUUGUCUUCAGAUGAUACACGUGCAAGAGUACUCGGAUGGUUGUGUGUUAGUGUUGCGUGUGUGUGUUUGUCAGUAAGAGCUAUUUUGCAUAUUAGACAUUGCUUCCUAAUAUACUUGUUUAAAAAGAAAAAUAGGUGCUUUAAACCUUUUAUGCAAUUAAUAGGACUAUUUUUCUAUCCUAUCGUGAGUGUAGCAGACAGUAAGCUGAUAUGAAAAACCUUAUUAUUCUAAUAUUAUCAUGAUUUAUACAAGUUACAUUUCAGUUUAGUAAAGUCACAAGCAUGUCUAUAGUAGUAGUUAUAUAGUUUACAGAGUCUAGUGUAUAUAUAGUUCUUAAAAUUACGUUUAAAUGAAGUUAACCUUUCUAAUUGUGUUAUCCUGAAAAUCCCAAAUUAUUGAGAAUUAACCUCAGGUCUGCGUACUGUACUGUGGGUUACAUUACAUGUCACUUGUUAGAUGCUUUUAUCCAAAGCGACUUACAUACUCAAUACUGUGGGCAAUCCCCAAAGGAGCAAUUUGGGGUGAAGUGUCUUGCCCAGGGACACAACGACAUGCUGACUGCAAUGGGGUUUGAACCUGUGACCCCCCUGAUCCGAACACAUGUGCACAACCCACACACCUCCUUAGGGUGCAAUAUAAAGCAUAUUUGAGCUAUAUGUUGCAUAACAAAUGUAUGACUGCAGUAUCACAUAAGCCAGAUAUUAAAUAUGUCGAUAUGAACCAUUUGAAAGCACAGGAAAAAAAUAUAUUUCAGUCUCUGAGCUUAACAAUCUUUAGCAAAUGUGUCAUUUCAUUUUCUUUUUCAAUGUCUUUAACUAGAGAUUCAUUUCAUUAUUGAUUUAGUUUUGAAUAGUUUAUUUUUUUCAUGAUUAAGUUCACAUUAAGUUUUAAGAACCCAAGUUGACACCUUUUUAAAUUAAUGUUUUCUUCGUCAGCAGUCUAAAACCCAAAGAUAUUUAAUUUCCAUGGAUUUCAAAAUAACAAGAGCAGCACAUCCAACAUCUUUAAGAAACUGUAACCAGAACAUUCUUGUUUGACAAAUUACUAAAAAUGUUUAUAAUCAAAUGGCCAAUUAAAUAUUUAGUAGGUCAACCUGUCAAUUUAAUGUUUCAGCAAUUUUUUGUAAAUCUAAUGUCAUUAUAAUAUUGUCAGUGUGCAGUUAACUUUGGGAAAAUAAACCACUUGCAUCUAAGGACUCUAACAAUCACUGUGAAACACGAAGAAAUAUAAAAGUAUAUUAUUGAAUACAUAACAGCAUUUAACAUGAGGAGAAGAACAUUUUUGGGAACGCCCACAGUUAUCGUUUAUUUAUUAAUAGUUUUUCACCUUUUAAAUAAAUCAGCAAUAAAUUGAGCUUUGCUUUCAAUAUUUGUUUCCUUUUAUAAUUUGACAGUUGUGCACACACAGACUUAGAUAUUUGCUAAAUUGUAUUUUUUCCUAGUAAAAUGUGCUAUGUUAUCUAAAGAUGGCUUUAAACUAUUUGCACUCCGACAUUAAAGUUUACAUAGUGUCCUUAGGUUUAUGCAAAUAUACAACAUUUUAAAGUGCAUUUUACAACGUUACCUUUCAUGAGACACUAAAUCAGUUGGGGCUUUUUUUUUGUUUCAUUUGAAUGGAAUUACUGUGAGAAAAUGGUUUGACAUUUCUAAAUGCAAGCACAGUGAAAUGAUUAAUGUUUGUCUUUAGCAAGUGCUCUUUCACAAACUGUGUGUCUUCUGUACUUUUUACUGAGAUUUCAGGGUGUCUCUCCCAGCUUGAAUACUCUGUGAUCUAGUUGUGGAUGGCAUUGAUAUGAGAGAACAUAAAUAAAUCACUACCACAA